AGACGAUAUGAAGAUCAGAAAUGAAAUGAACGGAAGUAUGAAGAUGAAGGACGGACACAAAGGCUCUAUAAGCUGAAGAUCUGAAAUGAAAUGGACAGGAGUAUGAAGCUCUGAAGAGAUGCACAGGAGCAUACCUUCCCUUUUACUCUGCCUCCUGAAAUAACGUGCAAGUGGGCCGUGAAGGCACACGGGGAUGUGGGCAGCUGCCGCUCAACCACAAUCAACGUGGGCAGCCUUGCGCGACUACAUCUUCUUACAUGUAGGGGAAGCUGGCGAAGGCGAUUACUUUGGAGAGAUUGGGCUGGUGAAGAGAACUCGACGUAAAGCAAGUGUUGUGGCAACGUGCCAAGUGGAGGUGCUGAUACUUAACAAGUGGGAUUUCAAGCACCGACUGGACGCUGACGUCGUCGCGAAAAUCACAGAGAACAUACAUGACUACAAGACCGAGGGCAAUGUCCGAGCAGAGUAUUUCCGGACAAAACGUUGGAAUCAGUAUAAGCCAGCCUUCAGCAGCGGUUUUCUGAUGCCAGCAGGGCAAGCCACCGAUCAGCAGCCACGACGCAGCAAGAGGAUCGCAGAUCGCCAACAGCAACCGCAACCUGCAGUUCGACAGCAGCCACAGACCAGCACUCAGAUGGCGAACACGAUGAACAGCGGAACGUCAUCCGAGACUUCGACAUCUAGCAAUGCCGAACCAUUACCGGUCUGUCCGGUUCAAGGGCCGACUGAGUCCAGCACGGACUACAUUCAGAGAGUGCAGACCUAUACGGCCGCACUAACCCUUGCCAAGGAACGGCAAGAUGCUGCCGAAGCAGACAAACAGCGGCUGGCAGCAGAAGCUGCAGCCCAAGCCCAGCGACAAGCUGAGGUGGAGCAGUUGGCGACCGACAAGCUCAACGCCGACAGUGCCGAGCUUCUGAUCUCUAAACAAGAUCAGUGGACAGCGGUACUCAACGGGAUGCGUUAUGUCCCCGUAGCAGGCGCCGAGCCGACGAUAGUACAACAUGAGAGACAAAACCUGGCAGACAUUCUACUAAACACAAUGCGCGCAGUCAUCUGGAACAGCACCAUGGGGGAGCUACAUUCCAGGUCUACACGGCAGCUGCAGCACGAUCUUAGCCAUAAUGUGAAGACGCUUGCAGCAGCCGUCAAGAUCGCGGACUCCCAGCUGAAACAGAUGGACACCCGCAUUGCUGCUCUGAAGGCAAGGCCUUCCCAAGCAGCGCCAGGCUGCACGACAGACACGGCGAAGCAGCUCAACGAGCGCAUCGACCAUGUCGUCAAUCUCAUCGGCGAACAAGGUGCUUUCACUGGUCCGGACACGAUCAGCAGCACGGUGGCCGCCAUCAAGACGGACAUCACCAAGCUGCAGACAAGACUGGACGCCGCUACAAAGAACUACAAGAUGCCACACUUCAACAUCAGCAAGUUCGACGACUACAACAAGACGGACGCCUUGACAUGGUGGCAAGGCUUCCUCACGGAAGCAUCCUGCCGCACUGUCCCGACUGAAGACAUGAUGAAGGCGCUCUACCUACAACUGAUUGGAGGAGCACAGGCAUGGAUGAACCAUCUUGCGGCCACCAAGCAAUGCACCAUCGCCGAACUCCACACGCACAUUACGUGGAUUAAGUUCGAGCAACUAUGGUUCACUCGAUUCAUGGUCCGCAACGUCGUGAAGGUGGCCAUGAACGAGGUGUACACCAGCUCACAAGGAAGCAUGCCAACUCGAGACUGGACGAUCAAGUGGCAGAAGAUAGUGACCACACCAGGCUUCGAUUUGAGCGGUAAGAGCACCACCCCAUACACGAAAGAGCAGGAAGAGAGAGCCGUCACCAUACGGAAGGAAAAAAGGGAGAAGGAGGCUAAGAAGCAGGCCCUAUUGGAGGAGCAGGCGGCGAAGAAGAAGAAGCUUGAGGAAGAGAUGGAUAGGUUGAAGAGAGAAGAGGAGGAGAAGCUUAAGGAAGUAGAAGAAGAAGAAGAAGAAGAAGAGGAGAUACCCCUGGUGAGGAGUGUAAGGAGAGAGGAAAGGAGGGAAUCCAGUGGGAUUAGUGAGGAGGAGAAGAAACUGGAGAAGAUGGUGUUAGAAUGGGUGGCCAUCUUCUCCCUAGGGGAAGAUGAGGAGGCAGCCCGAAUGAAGAACACAAAAAAAUUCUGUGUUGGCGCUAUAGAGGCCGCCAAGCUUGCGGUUCUAAGGGAGGAGGCGGCACGCCCGCGUAGGGAACAUGUAAAAGUAAAGUUUCCUGAUGCCUACAUCGGGAAACAGGGAGAAUACUUUGAUAAUAAGGAGGCCAACAUCAACUCCUACGUGCACCUCCAGGAUAUUAUCCCUGAGGAGCAAGUCCUUGUCGCAUUCCAUGCCCUUAGAGACGAAGCGUCUAGUUUCGCAAGGUCGUUAGCCCGCGCCGCCAAGUGUGACAAUGACAUGGUGGCGUAUUCCACCAUCACUCCCCUCAAUGAAUUCCUCAAGUUACUUCGCGAACGUUUCGCGGAUGUGACUAAGGGAAUCAAAGCGUCAGACAAGCUCCAGACAAUCCACACACGUCGGUGGAAGAGUGCAAGGUCUUUCAAGGGUGCCAUGGAUGAGCUUGUCGCAGUCCCUAACCAUGGGGUCACUGAGCCACGGUUGGUUCAGUUGUUCUAUCGUGCGAUGCCCAAGAGUUUACACGGGUACUUCUAUGAUAAGUCGCUAGAGCAAGGGAUGACUUAUGAUAAAUUGAGUCGCGAUGUUGUGGCUUAUGAGGCCCAGUCCACGCCAGUUAUUGCUUUUUGGUACAGAGAUAUUGACAAGGGUAAGAAAUGGGAGGGCGGACAAUUUUAGGGCAGGUUAAAGGGAAAGAUAACCUGAUCCUGACGUUAGACGAGG